CAGGGCAACGAGGUGGCCGGCCGCCCGGCAGCACUGGGAGGAACAAGGGACCGCCCCAAAAUGGCCGCCGCACGAGGGAAGGCACACGCGGCGAGCACUCAGCGGGGGAAGGGGCUCGUGCACCUGCCCGCCGAGCCGGCUCGCGAAUGCGGGAAGGAGGGGGGGGGAGCGCGCACACCGCCGCGGUUGGGAGGAGAGGGCGGCUGCGGCACUAUUUACACGGGGACCGUUCAGAAAAGACGGGAGGGGAAGCAAGGGGAGGGAAAACCACCCGGGCAGGGCGGGGAAAACACCCGCGGACCCAGGGAGGACACCACCCGCAGUCAGAAUAG